ACUACCGACUCGCGACCUGCUGCUGUAUGUACCACCUGCGUCUGAACCUGCAUCUGCAGUAACCAACCUGCAGCCUGCGCCUGCGCAAAUCCAAAACUGGUCGCUCGCUUGUUGUCUGUCCAUGAUUCAAUCCUUUUCACAUUUCUUCACUCGUUCACGUCAGUACACACCAUCUGCAUCCCUCGCACCUGUUCCUCUCCUCCAGCUUUUGGAUAUCUCAAUCGUUGCCUUUGUUGCUCCUCUCCUUCCCGAGUUCGCUUGACAACGGCCCUCUCAGUUUCCCUGGGUCCCCCUACCACCUCGACCACCACCACCCCUGCGGACAUUGUCUCGCUUAUACAAGUACAAAAAUAAAUCCAUCAAUUCAACCAUCUGACAUAAACACUUGGUCCAGCCACAUCCAUCAUUAUCCCCGGUGACGGAACAUCAGUUCAGACCUUUGGCACCGGUUCUCUUGGUCGCCCUCUGCUGACGAGAGAAGUUUGGGGGAAAGUCCUAAAACAAACAUUGUUGUAGGGCAUCCAUUAUACUGUCCUUCCAUGCCAUCGGGCAUUGGUUGCUGACUACAUGCUGUAUGCAGGUUACCGUUCACUAUCCAACUGCUUUCCAUGGUUUCGUCCCUAGCCUUGCACAGCUAAACCUCUUUGCCUCCUGGUUACGGACCGAACAACUCGAACCAUCCCGUCAGAUACCCUGUCCUUGAAUAGUUCCCAUUCGGGUGCCGUCGCGUCCCGCCGAAGCCACCUUCAUGCCAAUCAAGCUGCCCAAGGGAUUUCAACGACGGAAAUCUUCAGGCCAUGCCUUGGACGAGGUGCGCAACCCUCCCGGCGAGGCUUCCUCUUUCCGAGUUCUGGAGAGACCAGCAAGCAAGGGAAAAUCGUUCGAUGGCGGCAGACACCUAAAGAUGGCAUCUGUGGGAGGAGCUCCAUUGCCGCCGCCAAAAGAUCAGUAUGACCACGAGGAGGUGGAUUUAUUUGCAGUGGGCCGCCCAGAUGCAAGCAACCGGGGUAGUGGUGGCACUGAACGUUCCCAUUCGACGGCCCCUAAUGACAGUGCCGCAUCCUCUGCCCGCCUCAGUACUUCGUCGACAAAUCCCUCUUCCAUCGACACAAGGUCAGACAAAAAUGUUCAAGGAGGCGCUGGAGCGAGACCCUUCAACGACAUUCCCGCACCACCUCCUGCCACGACUAGACCUGGCUUUCUUCGCAGCCCUGUCCGAACGUUUUCCUUUGGGGUUGUCAAAGGCAGUCGAGCAUCGCCCACUUCGCCAAGCGGUGCUUUACCACCACUGAUGGACACCACUAGAAACAGGGCCGUCACAUCCAGCACUGCAAGUACGGCCACGCCUCCCAGACUCUUUGAUACCGACCUAUCACUGGAGAGUUCCGAAUUGGACGAGUUCGGAAACAUGUUUGACCAUAUCGGGUCUAGUCCUGACGCGGUCCCGAGCCGGCUUAUACACCAAGAGGCUUCGAUCGCUUCUCCUCCUGCACAGUAUCCUCCGACCUCUUACCCAGGCGCCAGCCCCCUUCGUAUCAGCCGAGCGCCUCCUCCAAAGCCCAUCUCUAUCGAUCACUCGCAAGUCGUCGAAUCCUCUCCCUAUUCAUGGGCCUCCCACGAUUCUAAUGAUCACUUGAUGCGGUCCCCCAGCCCAUCCAAGACAAUCACACAAGGAAGCCCCAUGAAGGCCGGAGAAGCUGGCUCUCACCCGGGAAGAUACGGCUCCAUGUCAGAAUCUACAGUUUCUGCGAAAGGACCAGGAGGCUCAACAUCCCUUUCACAAGAGGAGGAACUCCAGCCCUCUCCGUUUUUGCACACCAGGUCUCCGGACAGCAAUAUGGCCUCGACAAGCCCUGCUAGGGACGGCACUGGGGGAUUGUCUCCGAGCUCGACGCAUAGUGCCACGUUUGAUCCGAUCAUUGCUGCGGAUGCACAGCUUGCCAGCAUGUAUCAGGAGACCAGACCGGUGCCAGUCAAAUCGGUUUCCAUGAACAAAGUGAUGACGCCUGCUCAGUGGGAACGCUAUAAGGAACAAAAGGAGAUGGACCGGCGGCUUGGUGCGUUAUCUGAUGACAGUGCUUCCGAGGCGAGCGAGAACUCGGACGAUGACGACGAGAUUGAGCGUAGCCGGCAGGCAACAAAGCAACGUCGAAAGCAGGAAGCCCACCUGGCUGUGUACCGACAAAAGAUGAUGAAGGUAACAGGCGAAGCACCACCCAAUCGGUCAAUGAGCAGUCUGGGCAUGCUGCGACCGGGCGACAAUAACUCAUCACCGGAUCUCAAUCGCUUAUCACGGAUGACCUUGGAAUCUAAACAGUCUGGGAAGAGUAGCGGAGAGGAAGAAGAAGAAGACGAGGAUGUGCCACUCGGAAUUCUCGCGGCACAUGGGUUUCCGAACAAAAACAGGCCACCCACACGGCUUGCGAAUUCCCCUUCGAACUCCAACUUGCGAAGUGUCAGCCAGAACCAAGGGGCUCCGUCGGUGAUCAGCCAAGCUCCUAAAGGAGGGAACUUGCCUGUCUUCGCUCGACAAUUGCCCCCCGACCCCUACUAUGGAGCCAGCCUCGUCAACCCUUCGAAUCGUGAAGCUCUGGGCCUUCACCCUGCCGGCCCCCCUCCUCAAGGAGUUGGCCCUGCCACAGCCCAUCCCAUCCACCCUGCAGGACUUGUCGGAGUUAUUGCCGGGGAAGAACGCGCUAGAGCCGCCCGACGGGGCAGUCCGAACCCUGCUGGCAACUACGACUUACCUCCCAUGAUGGGACCCCCUCCUGGCAUGGUGCGAUCGCAGACCACUGGGACUCUGUCUUCAAUGGCUUAUCCGCCCAUGGGAGCAGUGCCACCGAUGCCAGGAAUGGCGGGCAUGCCCGGAAUGCCCCCAAUGCUGAGUGCUGGGGAUCAAGCCCAGAUCCAAAUGUCGCAACAGAUGACGCAAAUGAUGCAGAUGCAGAUGCAAUGGAUGCAGCAAAUGUCAAACAUGAUGGUUGGGCCGAUGAAUGCACCACCAAACCUACCUCCUCCAGGUCCACAGAACCCUGCAUUUGCCCGGCCUCAGUCAUUGGCGAUGCAGAAUCCCCCGCCCCUCCAGGCGAAUCAACGGACCAUGAGUACUCUCAACCCAAGUAUGGCCCCCUGGAAUAGCAAGCCACCCCUAUUGCCGUCCAUUAAUGUCAAUGGAAAUUAUGCCCCAUCCAUCGCACCGUCGGAGCGUAGCAACAUUGGCCUGGCUUCCCGAUACCGGCCCGUAUCGAUUGCUCCAGAGCCAGAUGUGAUGUCUACCCAUCGUCGAGCAUCGACGUUUACAUCAACAACUGCGCGACCUUGGUCUACAAUGGAUCAAGCACGACGACCGUCCGCGCACGCCACCAAGCCUUCGGUGAACACGCUCGGCCGGAGAUCGCCGUUGGCAAACCCGGAUGAUGAGGAUGAUGAGCAAGGUUGGGCCGAGAUGAAGAUGAAGAAAGACAAGAAGCAAAAGACUUGGGCACUCCGAAAAGGGCAGAAUGCACUCUCGGAGUUAUACGCCAACGCCUCGUAACGAAACCGCAUAUCGACACCUCGCAGUGUCCAGCAGGGGCGUUCUUAUGAAACCAUGAGGGCGACUUCAGUGUUUUGGGAUUCUGACACGGCAGAGCAUAUAUCAGCACAGCAUUCUGGCGGGAUCUGGGAAAAAAAGUUAUUUUGGGUAAUGGUAUAAAGAGCGAGAGGAGCCGAAGCUCCACUUUGGAUGUAUAGAGAGGGCGAGGUGGAACUUCCAGAGACAUAUUAUACGCACAAACUGCAUAGUUGUAAAAUAAUCACAAACCCAUCUGUCCUGAGCAUCGUCUGUGCGUGGCUUCAAAUGCUGUCCGCGGUGGAUGAAGACGGGUCGAGAGGGCAAGACGAGCCACGGGAGUGAAGUGCCGAGUGGCUUUGGGCCAACAACGCUCGCCGUAUACGAGGUAUUCCGCCUUGCAGCCUACAGUAGACGAAUAUGUCAAAUGCGGCUGAAGAAGCUCUG